CUCACCUCAAGGGCCCUUAGUAGAUAUGAUAUGCUUGUCCAUCGCCUGUCAGUGCGGUGGGUCUUGAUGCGCCGCUGAUAAAUCCAGAGCGGGCAUUUACUGGUCAAGUCCUGUAGACGGGGUCUUCAGGCAGCUCGCGCGAUCGAAGACAAGGCCGAAGACCAAGUCGAAAACGCUCGCAGUUCUUCGUGCAUCAGCGUCUGUGCUCUCUCGAUGGGCACAUGCCUCUACGUGUCAGGAAAGUCCACAAUUUUAAUCAACAGCUCCCUACAUCAUCGCUCACAGGACCACAGUCUUCAAUGUACUGUAGAGCAAAAACUACAGCGUGAGCCUCGUCGCCAGCGAAAGGGAUGCGGAAAGAUGUUCUCGUCGUCCCGUUUGUACCGAUGGGUGAAUUUCCGAAUGUUCCGAAACCUUGCAGCCUUAUUCUUGUUUUGGCCAUGGCUUGGGAGGUCAUCUGUGCACUAUGGGUCUCAUACGUCUCCACUACCUAAUGGCAUCGGCCUCUCGAACUCUCUGCGACUCCAUUAAAGCUGACACUGCACAGCAUUUCUUGGCAAGUACUGAAGAGAUCAGUUGCAGAUGCAUGGGCUAGGCGCGUUUCGACGACCCGUCUGUG